AUGGGGGCUGCAAAGCCUGUGCUGGUGCUGCUGGCUGCUGCUCUCCUGCUGCACGUGGCUGCCACGCUGAAGAUCAGUGCCUUCAACAUCAGGACGUUUGGUGACAGCAAGAUGUCCAACAAGACUGUCGCAGAUAUCAUUGUUGCUAUUGUGUCGGAGUAUGACCUUGUGCUGGUGCAGGAGGUCCGGGAUAGCGACCUGAGUGCUGUAAACAAGCUGAUGGACCAACUCAACAGCGCGUCACCAGAUCCAUACGACUUUUUGGUCAGCAAGCCCCUAGGUCAGAGCACCUACAAGGAGCAGUAUCUCUUCAUCUACAGGUUGGCCAUGGUCUCCGUACUGGAAAGCUACUACUAUGACAACAUCAGGGCCCGUGUCUUCAGCAGGGAGCCCUUCAUCGUGAAGUUCUCCUCACCCCACACACAGCUGCAGGAGUUUGUGCUGGUGCCUCUGCACGCGAACCCCAACAAUGCGGUGGCUGAGAUUGACGCCCUCUACGAUGUCUACAUGGACGUUAUCAGCAAAUGGGCGACCAAUGACAUCCUCUUGUUGGGUGACUUCAACGCCGGCUGCUCCUACGUGCUGCCGUCAGACUGGCCCAGCAUCCGCCUGCGCUCCCUCGAGGCCUGCGAGUGGCUCAUCCCGGACAGUGCCGACACCACGGUGACACUCACCGCCUGCCCCUAUGACCGCAUCGUCGCCUGCGGCUCUGCGCUGACCAGCGCCGUCGAGCCCGGCUCUGCCGCCGUCAACAACUUCCAGGAGACUUUCCACCUGAAGCACAAGGAUGCCUUGGCUGUCAGCGACCAUUUCCCAGUGGAGGUGACACUUAGAGCCCGUUGA